UUUACAGUUUAGUCACCCAACCUCCCAGUCAUUACAUUCUCCAUACCUUUCGAUUUGACGUCCGGAAGUUUCUUCCUUCUUCUUCUUCUUCUCUUGCGCUCCAGCCAGUGAUAUGACGGCCUCCCUUUUUUCGUUUACCUUCCAUCCUCUCCCCUCCACCAGCUGUGACGGCGACGGAGACAGUGAACAGCGGUAGCUUUGGUUUCCUCUCGCGACGAGAUUUUGUCGUCAGAGGACGACGGUGGAGAAUCUAUCGUCUCUUCUCAGGCUAACGACGUCCGCGACCUCCAUUUUGAGCCAUUUUCUUCCGUAAAUUUUGUUUCUCUCAAGUCACCGUAGCUGCUCAGCCAUUGUUUGCUCUCUCGGAAGGUUCGUUGGACAUCCAUUUGUUCUCCGGUACGGUGAACUUCUCUUUUGAAAAGCUUCUCAUUACGGCAAGGGUUUUACCGUUUACGGGGCUUUUUGAUAGAGUUUGGGCAUAGGGUAGAAUGAAUGGCACUUGCAUAACGCGUUACUGUAGCUUGCCUAAGUUGGGUUAGGAGUAGAGAGGUUAAGAAUUUGAUUAACCUUAAAGCUAAGGCCAAUAAUCUAGAGAAUUGGUUAUGGCAUUGUAAUAGUAUGAGGAGUUUCAACUGAGACGUGUUGACCAUGGGUUGGAGUUGCAAGGGGGGUGAUGGGCGUUUACUGGGAACCAUGAAUUGGGUUAUCCUGUUUUCUUCUUUUUGUUUGUUUGUCGGACUCUUGGAACCAAUUAGGAUCAGUGAAUCAAAGCUAGUGUCAUGGCUGAAGCUUGGGUUCUUUUGUUUCCAGCCAGGUAUUGACUGUUACAGUAACUGCAGGAAACAGCCUCACUAGAAGCUGUGUCAUGGCUGAAGCUGGGUAUUGGUAUGUCCUUGGUGCUGAUCAACAGCAACUCGGACCUUAUACGUCGUCUGAACUGCAACAGCAUUUCUUAAGUGGCUACCUCCUAGAAAGUACACUUGUAUGGUCUGAAGGAAGAAGUGAAUGGCAGUCCUUAUCCUCAGUCCCUGAGUUGAUGUCAUCAAUUUCUCAGCAAGCAUCCGCCAAUAGUGCCAGUAUAGUGGAGACACAAGAUGAUGUCCCAGUGGUACAAUCAGUAUCAGAGCCUCUUGGUUUUAAAGAUGUAAAUCAUGGCAACACAGAACAGCAAGGCCCCCGUUCCACUGUCCUCUCCAAUGUUGAUGAGGAUGAAUUCGAGAAAUGGAAAAGAGAGGUCACUGAGGCUGAGGUAGUGGCAGAACAGUUGAUAAACGGAUCUGAACCAAGUACUGUUGGGACUGAUCAUGAUGCAGUUGCAUCAUCACCUCCAGAGGGUGAAGAAGAGUUCACAGAUGAUGAUGGGACAAUAUACAAGUGGGAUAGAAGUCUCAGAGUGUGGGUUCCUCAGGAGAAUAUAACGGGCACAAGUGAGCCAUACAAGCCGGAAGACAUGACUUUCGCAAAGGAAGAGGAAGUCUUUCCAAUUCUGAAUGUUGGUGAUGCAUUGCUAGGAGGAAAGGCCAGGGAUGUUGAUGAGACAUUGGAAUCAAACCAUAAUGGAAAAAGGAAACUGCCAGAAAAACAAGCAGAUGCGAAAGAUAAGCUCUCUGACAAGAAGGAACCCAAUCAACCACCUGAUAGUUGGUUUGAAUUGAAAGUCAAUACACAUGUUUACAUCACUGGGUUGCCUGAUGAUGUCACUGCUGAAGAAGUGGCUGAGGUAUUUACCAAGUGUGGGAUAAUCAAGGAGGAUCCGGAGACAAAGAAGCCUCGUAUAAAAAUAUACUUUGAUAAAGAGACAGGAAGAGUAAAAGGAGAUGCAUUAGUGACAUACUUAAAGGAACCCUCGGUUGACCUUGCUAUUCAAAUAUUAGAUGGGACACCAUUACGUCCCACUGGCACGACCCCUAUGUCUGUCAGCAAAGCAAAGUUUCAGCAGAAGGGGGAUAAAUUUAUAUCCAAAAAAACGGAUGGAAACAAGAAGAAGAAAUCAAAGAAGGUAGAGGACAAGAUGCUUGGAUGGGGAGGACGUGAUGAUGCCAAGAUCUGCAUCCCGUCUACAGUUGUUCUGCGCUACAUGUUUUCUCCUGCUGAGAUGAGGGCUGAUGAAAAUCUGUGUUCUGAGCUAGAAGAGGAUGUUAAAGAGGAAUGCCUAAAACUAGGUCCGAUUGAUUUUGUCAAGGUCUGUGUAAAUCACCCUCAGGGGGUUGUAUUGGUCAGAUUUAAGGAUAGGAAGGAUGCUCAAAAGUGCAUAGAAACAAUGAACGGUCGAUGGUUUGGCGGUCGACAGGUACAUGCAAGUGAGGAUGACGGAGUGGUUAAUCAUACUACAGUGCGUGAUUACGAUGCUGAUGCCCAGCGGUUGGAGCAGUUUGGCGCCGAGCUCGAAGCAGACUGAAACGUUCGCACCUCUAGCGGCAACUGACGUGAGAGAGAAGUUCAUCCACUAAACCUCUUUAGGCAAACGCAGCACGGUGUAAAUCAUUGGUGUUUUGUCGAGCUAAUGGUGUAGACAUAUGUAGUUCAUAGCCUUCCUCGGAUGUUCUCUUAGUUGUCAACAACGUGCUUGCUUCAUCCAAAGACCUGACAAUCAAUGGUUUCGCAUCGAAGCAACCUACUAUAUUUUCUCGACUGUACAUGAAGUUUUGAAUGUCUUGCCUCGGGAAGUUACGAACGUGCUUAAUUUCAUCGGAUGUACCUCGAAGGGUUAAUGGAAUGGAAUCGAAUUCCCAUCUUGUUAUGAUGGAUGAUUUUGGUGAAUGCGUCUAAUGCUAUCCCAAUCCGAAAAGUUUAUGCGAGUUGGGUAGUCUGAGUUUAUUGUCUUGCCUCUAUAGAAUUGUUUCAGAGCAAUAAACUGUAUGUAUUCGA